AUGCCUGGACGCCUUGGUGUGAAGGAGACCCUACAGAGUAUCUAUGCACACCUUGUUGGGGCAGAAGGCCAAGCACAGGCAAAGAUCAUUCAAUUCUGUACACCCACGUCAUUCUUCGGCAUACUGUAUAUCGAUUCGGUCCGUAUGGAUCUGUCGAACCAAACUCUUCUCGUCGAUGCUGCAUAUGUUCCUUUCCAUACGGGCGCGGACAUGACGCCGCUUGUCGCUGUUCUCGCAGCGCGUCGCGACGACGCCGUGGGCAUCAAGAUGAAGGAAGAUGAAGUCGCCUUCUGGAAGCAUCUACUGCCAGGAUUUGCCGAGCGAUGCCGCCAGUGGCAGCACAAGCCAACAUGCGAGUACAAGGUCGCAGGAUGCAUUCCCAUCUCCACUGACCCCAGCAAGCGCUACAUGUGCACGUGCGGCUACGGCGUCUUCCCUACGAACUACCUCAAAGAUCUCAAGCAGUCUAAAGAUCUUCUCAAACACGCCGUUCGUGUCGCACUACCAGUCAUCUUUGCUUCACCCAUCAACACCGACGAUCCUGCUUCUCUACCGUCACCUUCGCCUCCUGCGAAGCCAAAAGCUCAAGCACCUGUGGAUACACCCGAGCCUCGUCUGGUAGACCUCGGUGCGAAGGAAGGCACGUGUUGGGAGUGCGGUGCUGAGCGCCACGAGAAGGGUGGGGUUUUAGACAGAUGCGGUGGAUGCAAAAUGGCUCGGUACUGUUCCGAGGUUUGUCAGAAGAAAGACUGGAAGAAGGGCCACAGGCAGUUGUGCCCACAGUUGAAAGAGGACUAG